GUGUAGAUCAAAGCUACAAUGACACGUACCCUGCCUGGCACCUCUCCUGCCCAAGGACCCAGCCUGUCUCUGCAGGACUUGCAGGAGGGCAGGACAUGCCAUGACAUCACCAGCUCCACUAGAAAUAUGGGAUAAAAGGAGUGGCUGAGAUCUGCUGAUCCCCUGCUCACUCCACUGCAACCACCCAGAGCCAUGGCUCCCCGAGGCUGCAUCAUGGCUGUCUUUGCCAUUUUCUGCAUCUCCAGGCUCCUCUGCUCACACGGAGCCCCAGUGGCCCCCAUGACUCCUUACCUGAUGCUGUGCCAGCCACACAAGAGAUGUGGGGACAAGUUCUACGACCCCCUGCAGCACUGUUGCUAUGAUGAUGCCGUCGUGCCCUUGGCCAGGACCCAGACGUGUGGAAACUGCACCUUCAGAGUCUGCUUUGAGCAGUGCUGCCCCUGGACCUUCAUGGUGAAGCUGAUAAACCAGAACUGCGACUCAGACCCGACCUCAGAUGACAGGCUUUGUCGCAGCUGAUAGAACAUCAGGGGAACGAUGACUCCUGGAUUCUCCUUCCCGGAUGGGCCUGGAGAAAGAGGCUGGUGUUACCUGAGAUCUGGGAUGCUGAGUGGCUGUUUGGGGGCCGGAGAAACACACACUCAACCGCCCACUUCAUUCUGUGACCUGUGUGAGGCCCACCCUGCAGCCGCCCUGAGGAGGCCCACGGGUCCCCUUCUAGAAUUCUGGACAGCGUGAGAUGCGUGUGCUGAUGGGGGCCCAGGGACUCUGAACCCUCAUGAUGACCCCUAUGGCCAACAUCAACCAGGCACCACCCCAAGGCUGGCUGGGGAACCCUUCACCCUUCUGUGAGAUUUUCCAUCAUCUCAAGUUCUCUUCUAUCCAGGAGCAAAGCACAGGAUCAUAAUAAAUUUAUGUACUUUAU